AUUAGAUGGGAGGUGGCCAUGGGGCAGCGACCGGGUGUUGUUCCCUCUUCGGCUUCCGUAGACGAGGUCGGGCGGACCUUCGUCCGGGAUUUCGGCACUCCCCCUUCCCCUUCCCCGGGGUCCGGGGGUGACAUUGCACCGCGCCCCUCCUGGGGUUGCGUCGCCGCCCCACGCGGACUCCCCCUCGGUGCGCUGCUCCCAUUCGCCUCCCUUGGCCGUGGUUCCCCCCCUCCCCCAGCUGCCCAGUCAUGGGGGCUGCUGUGUUUUUCGGAUGCACCUUCGUCGCGUUCGGCCCUGCCUUCGCCCUUUUCCUGAUCACUGUAGCUGGAGACCCGCUUCGGGUUAUCAUUCUGGUGGCAGGAGCCUUUUUCUGGCUGGUCUCCCUGCUCUUGGCCUCUGUGGUCUGGUUCAUCUUGGUCCAUGUGACAGACCGAUCAGAUGCACGGCUCCAGUAUGGCCUCCUGAUUUUUGGUGCUGCUAUCUCUGUCCUUCUACAGGAAGUGUUCCGUUUUGCCUACUACAAGCUCCUUAAAAAGGCAGAUGAGGGCUUAGCAUCACUGAGUGAGGACGGAAGAUCACCCAUCUCCAUCCGACAGAUGGCCUAUGUUUCUGGUCUGUCCUUCGGUAUCAUCAGUGGUGUCUUCUCUGUUAUCAAUAUUUUGGCUGAUGCACUUGGGCCAGGUGUGGUUGGGAUCCAUGGAGACUCACCCUAUUACUUCCUGACUUCAGCCUUUCUGACAGCAGCCAUUAUCCUGCUCCAUACCUUUUGGGGAGUCGUGUUCUUUGACGCCUGCGAGAGGAGCCGGUACUGGGCUUUGGGCCUGGUAGUUGGGAGUCACCUUCUGACAUCAGGACUGACAUUCCUGAACCCCUGGUAUGAGGCCAGCCUGUUGCCCAUCUAUGCAGUCACCGUUUCCAUGGGGCUCUGGGCGUUCGUCACAGCCGGAGGCUCCCUCCGAAGUAUCCAGCGCAGCCUUUCUUGCCGCCGGCAGGAGGACAGUCGGGUGAUGGUGUACUCUGCCCUGCGCAUCCCACCCGAGGACUGAGGGAACAUGGGGGGGACCCCUGGGCCUGGAGUGCCCUCCCGAUCUCCUCGUCCUGUAUUUCUCCAUCUCCAGUUCUGGACAGUGCAGGUUGUCAAGAAAAGGGACCUAGUUUAGCCAUGGCCCUGGAGAUGAAGUUACUGGAGGCUCAAGGGUAGAUGAGUUCAGUAUCUCCUGCCCAGACUGGACAUCUUGAUCUUUUUCUCAGGUCUGAAAGGAACCAUUUUUUGGUAUGAUAAAGACCCCCAAAAUGCCUUUUUUUUAAGUGGGGAGAGGAGGAGGUGUGCUGGGAGCCUCCUUGACCUCUGUAGGCUGUGUUUGCUCCUGAAUCUGCUGAUCGUGGCUCAUUUCUGUCCUGUUUUCCCUCUGGUCCCAGGCCCUGGGGAAAAGGAAGGAAGUGCAUGCUUGGGAACUGGUACCACUGGAACUCGUGUUUUAAUGCCCAUGACCAUCAGCACCCCUCCUUUCCCCAAGGCGAAGUGGAGGGUGCUGUGAGGGUUUGUCCAAUCCAUGGCAGUGCCCUGGAGGAGUCAGACUGCCAUGGAAUCGCAGGCCAAGGGGGCAGACAUCUUUUCUAGUUUUUAAUUGGGGUGUGGGAGGGCUGGGGAGGUUUUCUAUCACUGUAUUGUUUUUCUGCUGAGGGUGGGAUAUUCCAUCCUUUUAAUCAAGGUGAUUGUGAUUUUGACUAAUAAAAAGGACUUUAUAAUUGUGGGGGAACUUGGCUUUCAGAGGGGAUAAUGGAUUGAGAUUUCUAGUUCGGGUCCACCCUUCCUAGCCCAACACCCGAGUGUUAUGAAAGGUGCAUCGGUCGGUGGUGUGACUUGUGGAAGUUGAGUUAACUUCCCAGAAGUAGAUCUCCAUGUCCAGGAACAGGAUACCCUCCAACCCCCCCUCGUUUUCUCUUUCUGUAUGUCUGUCUCUGACACUCAAAAGGACAGAGGUAUUCUCCCACUGUUGAAAGCCACAAAAGACAGUCCAGAAUUAAGGUCAAAAACUUUUAAUUUCCAAACAUAUAUUGAGCAAAAAAUAAUUAAAAUCCCAGCAGCAGCCCUUUUUUCCUAGAGGAGAAAACUAUGUGUACCUGGGGGAGGGGGCAUGACGGUGACGGCAGAGCUUAUCCUCGGCCUCUUCAUAACUAGACAUUAAAACAGUAUCUCCAGAUCUACAGCUUUGCAGGGCCAAAGGCUCAGCCCUUCCUUGAAGAAGAGCUGGGGUCCUUGCUCCUCCGGUACAUGUGCACAGAGAGGUGGUAUCUAGAAGGACAUGUGUCUGCCUGUAUCCUCUAAGGCUCCCUGACAGUAUGAGAGGAAGGCAGCCACAGCGUCUUGACAGUUCAUGCUUCUGUGGUAGCCCGAGCAGAGGUGAAAACCACACUUUUCCUGUUUCCGAGCCUCUUCUUCCUGGGAAGGGGGCAAUGGUUCAUGGGAGUGACUAGUGUCCUAGGUGAGAGUAGAAGUAGAAUAGGACAUACUUUUUCUUUAAAGUGUAUAAUCACGACCUUAGGCUUUCUCUUUCCCCGCCUCCUGAGUAUUGGGAUAACAAGUAUGUGCCAGCAUGCCAGAUUUGAUGUGGUGCUAAAGAUCCGACCCAGGGCUUUAGGCAUGCCUGGCAAGUACUCCGCCAACUGAGCUACAGCCCCAGAGAAUUUUGUUGGGGAGUGGGGUGGGGUUACUGGGUUAUCUCACUAUGUAGACCAGGCUGGCCUUGAACACACAGAGAUCAUCCUGCUUCCAGCUCCCAAGCAUUGGGAUUAAAGUUAUGUACUACCA